AUAUUUUUUGCUAAAGUGAUAAAUCCUCAUUAAUUCAGACUUCAUUCUUAAACUUAUAUUUAAUAUAAUUAUGUGCAUUUAAAAAUAGUGUCAUAAAGAGUGAAGCAAGUGAAUUAAUGUAAAUAGUGAAAUACGUGCAUAAGAUAAAAACGUGGAUUUUCAAAUGUCAUUAACGCAAAUUAUGUGCUAACUUUUGACGAGUUCGUAGAAAAGACGAUGAACGACGUUAAAACUUUCAUCAUGGAUAACGCUAAUUGUUCUAGACAAUUGAAAUUUGGCGUGGAUCGCAUAUUAUCGAAUGAAAUUUUUACCAAAAAAACAGAUAUUCUUAAGCCACUUCCAAUACAACUUCCAUCAAUACGUUGUCCCUGCAUCGAAAGUUGCGAGCGAUGCGAAAAUGUCAGAACUUGCAUUUCAUUUCCGCAUGUCCAUUCGUCAUUACCUGAGGGCAUUACAUCUGCAUCUUAUACUGGCCUGAUGGAGGGUAUAGGAACUUUAUAUCGGCCGGCACCGUUACGCCCCGUACCAAGAGCACUUAUUUCAUCUUCCUCGACGGUGAACUCUUCGAAAACAAACACACGGAGAAAGAGGUCGUGGUCCAGAGCCGUCUUUAGUUCUUUACAGCGGAAAGGCUUGGAAAGAAGAUUCUCUCUACAGAAAUACAUCACGAAACCAGACAGACGACAGUUGGCAGCAACUUUAGGUCUAACCGACGCACAGGUCAAAGUUUGGUUUCAAAAUCGUCGGAUGAAGUGGCGGCAUACAAGAGAGAGCGAAAACGCUGCAUUGACCGGUCCAGAUUCCACGCAGAAGGAUUUUCCGCAAAAAUUAGUUGAAUCCAUCGCCAAUGAUACGAUGCAACAAGACGAAGAAGAUAUAGAAAUCGAUUAGACUUAUAUUACGAAAUUUCCACAUAUAAGGCAAAAAAUAAUUUUAUUUUAAAAUAUAAUUGCAUCUAUAAGCAUUUAUCAAAAGUCUAAGAAUUAU